AUGGAGAAUUUCGAUUCAGAAAAAGUUGAAAAACCGACUGCCGAAGUAUCGUCCGGUCAAAGUGAGGAAGACGACCUCUUUGCCGAAGUGGACAUCGACGGAUCCAACGAGAAUGACGACUUACCGGCGAAAUCAAGCAGUUUUCUACGGCAGUUAAACCAAUCCUUACAUACAAUGGUUGGGUCGAUCAUGGAAAAAUCGCUAAAACGUCUCCACGAAGACAAGACACCUCCGGCGAAACGAAAGAAACCUCGCCUGGCUACAGAGACAACUGGACCUGAGGAAGUAGAAGAAAACCAGAGCAGCGACGAAGAUACACGGGCACUUUGUGGCCCAUCAAAUGCCGACUCGGCAGAAAGCUCUCAAACCACGAACGCUCGACUCGAGCAAGACACUGACAAUUGCAAUGACUCAUUGCUGUCAGAAAUUGAAAAUGGUUUCUCUCAGGAGGACGAUAUGGGCCCGGCUAUCACAGAGAAACUCGCUACCAUAAUCAAUAAGCGUUGGUCUGAAAAACUGAGCGAUCAAAAGCUGAAAGAAAAGCGGGAUCAACAUCCCCGCCCAGACAACUGUGACAGACUUGUGGCGCCACGCAUUAACCCAGAACUCUGGGCGAGAAUAGACCACACUGCAAAACAGUUGGACCUUCGCGCCAGCACAAACCAAGCUAAUCUGGCCAAAGCUGUGGUUGUCCUGGCAAAAUCAACCGACAAACUUUUGUCACUUUAUCAAAAAGACUCGAAGCCCGAGUACCGAGAGCUUAUCACACUCAACACAGACGCCCUUGCUCUGCUGGGACACGCGUCGUGUGAAAUGUCACAACGAAGGCGGGAAACGCUAAUAUCAAUUGGAAAGAUAUCAAUUGGGAUUUUAUCCUGUUUCUUCUCCUGUUGCUAAUAUUGCUAAUAUUGUAAUUUUUGUGACAAAUGUUAAUAAAUUCAAAUUUAAUAAAUUAACAAAGAAUACACGACCCUUUGCGCCUUGCAUGUUCCAGUUACAUCCCUCCUAUUUGGGGAUGACCUACAGGGUCAACUAACAAAUAUACGAGCUACAAAUAAAGUUAGCAACACAAUCAGCGAUGCGAGAAAACAAUAUAAAAAUACACAACAAUGGCGACCACGAUCAGAUUACGACAAUAAUCCCAGUUGCAAUAUCAAUCCUCUCAGUUCUUUACAGGUGAGUAACCUCGCCUUAAACAUUUAUACAAAUAUGAAAUCAUAUUUUCAGACCAAAAUUGUGCAUUUCAAGAGUGGUCAAAUAUCAAAACACAUUGCCAAAUGGCAUGAGAUUACCUCUGACCCAGAGGUUCUAGGUUCGUGGACUUCACAUUGAUUUCUCGACCGAACCUUAUCAAUGACAAAGGGUAUAAUAGAAAAAUCACUACAUGAGCCAGAAGAGUUUAUCUCCCCCAUAUUUCUAAAGGAGAAAAAAGAUGGAUCAUACAUCCUCAAGCGACCAAAUGCUCAUGUUCAAUACCACCAUUUCAAAAUGGAGUCAAUUCAGUCAGCCAUUAGACUGCUGACACCAAACUGUUUUAUGGCAUCAUCGAUCUGAAAGAUGCGUACUACUAUACUGUGUCCCAAUAGUAAGCUUCCACCACAAAUAUCUAAAAUGUGAGUGGUAUGGGUCACUGUACCAGUUUAUUUGCUUCACCAAUGGCCUAGUAGCCUGUUGCCCAUGCAAGUUCACAAAACUAAUGAAGCCAGUACUUUUUUACCUCCGGAAAUUGGCUCACCAAUCCUCCCUUUACAUUGAUGACUCAUUACGAACAGGUCAAACCUAUGAUGACUGUGCAGCUAAUGUGAUUGACACAACACAGCUCAUAGACAACUUGGGGUUUAUAGCUCACCCUGACCAAUCUGUUUUCAUCCCCACUCAUGAAUUAGACUAUCUUGGUUUCACACUGAACUCCAAAACUAUGCAGGUGACUAUAACACCUGGAAAGAAGUUGAAUCUCAUAGAAACAUGUAAGGAACUCCUUACGAAAGAAUACCCUACUAUCCGUGAGGUUGCUAGGGUAAUUAGGCUUGCUCAUCUCAAACUUCCCAGGUGUUGCGGUGUUGCAAUGGGAUCACUACAUUACAGACUUUCUAAAGCUGACAUAAUACAGCACUUAAACAUAACAAAGGAAAGUUUGAUGCCAGUGUGCACUCUCGGCUGAAGCCAAGGAAGAACUUGUGUGGUGGAUAAAUAACAUUGACACUGCAUUCAACCCAGUGCAUAGGGGGCAACCUAACAUAACCAUACAGACAGAUCAGAUGCUUCGAACUGAGAUGGGGAUGUGCACUGGGUGACAAAACAACUAGUGGACUCUGGGGCCAAACUGAGUCUUAUGAACACAUAAUUUACUUAGAAACACUAGCAGUCUUUCUGUCCCUUAAAUCCUUUCAGCAUAUUCUAAGUGGCAACCAUGCAAUGAUCAUGGUGGAUAAUACCACUGCUGAAAGCAUCAUUAGAGAAAUGGGAACCAGCCUAUGUACAGGUAGUGCUAGAUUAAAUCACCUGGUAAAACAAAUUUGGCAGUGGUGUGAAAGCCAGAAAAUAUGGAUAACAAUGGCACACAUACCAGGGGUUGAAAACUGUCAAGCAGACUUUCAGCCUCGGUCUUUCAAUUGGGGGACUGAAUGGUGUCUUAGUUAACAAAGACAUACUUACCUUGGCAUGCAACAUGCUCAGGUUUACCCCCGACAUUGAUCUAUUUGUUUCCAGAAUCAACCAUCGUAGCAUUUAGACCAGACCCUGAAGCAAUUGCCAUUAAUGUAUUUCACAUGACAUGGACUCAAUUUGCUCUCUAUGCUUUCCCACCAUUUAGUGUGAUAAUGCAAGUGCUACAGAAAGUCCAAGAACAUCAAGCCUCAGGGAUCCUAGUGAUCCCAUAUUGGCCAACACAGAUAUGGUGGCCGAAAGCAAUGAACAUGAUUGUCCAACAGCCAAUUGUCUUACCAAAAAGCAAGGAACUAUUAUUCCUCCCCAACCAACCCAACAAAAUAUAUGGAACAUGAACAGUCUAAAAUUGCCAAAGAACUGUUACUGA